UCUCCCCCCGCUCCGUUGCACUCUCUUUUUGUUUUUCCCGUUUUCCUGCGAAACAAACAGCGAUUUUUCUCGGAUGAAACUCUCAAGGAUCAUAAAGAUCGAGGAGGAGAAUUAGAUGAGAUAGGUUUCUGACCAUUUGCGCGAGAAGUUUUAGUCGUCGAUCGAUUGUCGUGGAAGGAGAGAAAGCGUUAUCUGCUUUUUGCUUCUGAUCUCAUCUGAAAGUGGAGUUUGAAUUUGGCUGAUUUCUUCGGAUCUGCGUUCCAAUUCAUAACCUCGUAAGAAAGUUAAGCCUCAUAGUCAGAGAUGAAGAACAUUGAUGAUCGAUCUCCGGAGCGUUCCAGAUCAGAGGUUUCAGUAAGACCGCCACCUCCGCCGCCUCCACAGCCUCUUGCAUCAUCAAAUAUCUGUAAAAGGAAUAUGACGGAUCAAUGGAUACAAAGAAGUCAAAGCCUUUUACCUACUGCUACAAAAGAUUCCUGGGACCGAAUGUUUGAUGAAGGCUAUGGAUGCAAUGUAAUGAUCCAUACAGAUGGCAAUGGAUUACUUUAUGCGCACGCCAAUGUCCUCGAAGCAUCUUCGGAUGUGAUCAAAGGAAUGAUAAAGCAAGCAAAGAGAAAAGGUCAUUGGAGAUCGAUAUCAAUCCGUGGCGUUCCACGAGAGGCUGUUCAAAUUUUCAUCCGGUUCUUGUACUCUUCCCGCUACGAGAAAGAAGAUAUGGAGGAUUUUGCUAUGCAUUUGCUGGUGCUGUCGCAUGUUUACGUGGUUCCACAUCUGAAAAAGCUAUGUGAGUGGCACUAUGAGAAAGGCUUACUAGCCAAAGACAACGUAAUCGACGUCUUUCAGCUCGCGCUGCUAUGUGAUACUCCACGCCUCGGCUUUCUCUGUCACCGGAUAAUUUUAAAGAACCUCGAAGAAGUUUCCACCUCUGAAGGAUGGCAAGCAAUGAAGGAAAGCCACCCGAGACUCGAGAAGGAGCUCUCAAGAUCAGUGGCUUACGAACAAAACAGACAGAAGCAGAGAAUCAGGAAACAGAAAGAACGGAAGAUAUACACGCAGCUAUACGAAACAAUGGAAGCAUUUGUUCAUAUAUGCAGAGAGGGAUGCAGGACAAUAGGUCCAAAGAACAAAGACAUAAACGAGGGGAAAGAGCAAUGCUGCGGGUAUUCAGCGGCGUGCAAAGGGCUGGAAAUGCUACUAAGACAUUUUGCAGGAUGCAAGCUAAGAGUGGUUCCUGGAGGGUGCAGUCACUGCAAGAGAAUGUGGCAGCUUCUUGAAUUGCAUUCUCGUCUUUGUGUGGAUUCAGAACAAUGCAAGGUCCCUCUCUGCGGGAAUUUCAAGGAGAGGAUGAAGAAACAAAGCAAGAAAGAUGAAAGGAGGUGGAAACUGUUGGUGAAGAAUGUGUUGAGCGCAAAGAGAAUCGGAGGAUCGCCUUUCUUUUUACAGACAACCGAAGUGGUUUUUAUGAUUUGAAGUUAAGAGAGAUGAUGUAGAUUAUAGAAUCAGGUUACAGGUUUAUCAUAAGUUAUGUAAGAUAUGGAUAUAAAUAUGGUUCGAAGAUUUUUUGUGUGUGUGUUGUAUCAGAUACUUUGUACAAUAGUUGCAAAUUCUUUGUAAAGAGAACUCGGUUUAAUUA